UCAACUCCAAAGAGCUGCCCUCACCUUCCUACAGGAUGAGAACAUGGUGAGUUUUAUCAAAGGAGGGAUGAAAGUGCGGAACAGUUACUUAAUUUAUAAAGAACUGCAUACCUUCACUAAAUCUCACAGCUGUAACAAAGGACCGAGCCACGUUCACUUAGAGGGGGGGAUAUCGUUUGGAAUAGGGGCGUUUAAUCUGACUCUGUCUCUAUUUCCUCCUCGGAUACUCAAAGUGUUGGAGUUUGCAGGCUUCUCUGGCGACAAGGAGUACGGUCUAUCUCUUCUGCAUGACGGUGCGACGGGAAUGAAUCUGCGCUCCAUGCUGUGCGCUCUGCUAGUGCUCUGCUACUACACCUUCCUCACAGUCAUACUAG